AUGUUCAAGCACGCCGCCACCUCGCUCCGCCGCCCGCUCGCGCGCGGCUUCUCGUCGUCCGCCGCCCGCGCCUCGUACGAGGACACGAUCAAGAACCUGCUCAUCAACAAGGACUCCCGCGUCAUCUGCCAGGGCUUCACCGGAAAGACCGGCACCUUCCACUGCCAGCAGGCCCUCGAAUACGGCACCAAGCUCGUUGGCGGUGUCUCGCCCAAGAAGGCCGGCCAGACCCACCUCGGCCUCCCCGUCUUCGGCUCGGUCAAGGAGGCCGUGCGUGAGACCAAGCCGCACGCUUCCGUCCUCUACGUCCCUCCCCCCGGCGCUGCCGACGCCAUCAUCGAGGCCAUCGAGAACGAGGUGCCCCUCAUCGUCGCCAUCACCGAGGGCAUCCCCCAGAAGGACGAGAUCCGCGUCGCCGCCGCCCUCCGCUCGCAGUCCAAAUCGCGCCUCGUGGGCCCCAACUGCCCCGGUGUGAUCAACCCAGAGGGUUGCAAGAUCGGCAUCAUGCCCGGCUCCAUUCACACCCCCGGCCGCAUCGGCAUCGUCUCCCGCUCCGGCACUCUCACCUACGAGGCCGUCAACCAGACCACCCAGGUCGGCCUCGGCCAGUCCCUCUGCGUCGGCAUCGGCGGCGACCCCUUCCCCGGCUCCACCACCCUCGACCUCGUCAAGCUCCUCCUCGACCACGACAAGUCCGAGGGCAUCGUCCUCAUCGGAGAGAUCGGCGGUUCCAUGGAGGAGGACGCCGCCGAGUACCUCGCCAAGUACAACAAGACCCGCGCCAACCCCAAGCCCGUCGUCGCCUUCAUCGCAGGACGAACCGCGCCUCCAGGCAGGAGGAUGGGUCAGAAUCGCGUACGUAUUCCCCCUUCCACGUCUCCAGCAAAAAGUAUUGGCGACAGCUUGCUGACCAUGGUCGUAUCUACUUUGUCCUACCACACGCCGCGAUGGUGUGGCGCCAUCGUCGCCGGUGGCAAGGGCGGUGCCGAGGACAAGGUCAAGGCGCUUACGGAUGCCGGUGCCAUCGUUGCCGACUCUCCCGCCAAGAUCGGUGCGCUGAUGCUCGAGGCCAUGAAGAAGGCUGGUCUGGCCUGA